UUAGGCCGGGAGGGUCGCAGUCAUGUCCGGACAGCCUAGAUUCGUGAGCCCGUUUUACAGACCGCAGUGCCUGGCUGCUGCGGCUCCGGCGGGGAAAGCCAAGCUCACACACCCGGGAAAGGCGAUCCUGGCAGGUGGGAUAGCAGGAGGCAUCGAGAUCUGCAUCACCUUCCCCACAGAGUACGUAAAAACACAGCUGCAGCUCGACGAGAAGGCAAAUCCUCCCAAAUACAAAGGCAUCGUGGACUGUGUGAAGCAAACGGUGAACGGUCAUGGGGUCAGGGGUCUGUACAGAGGACUGAGCUCGCUGCUGUAUGGCUCCAUACCCAAGCAGCUUGUAAAAUUUGGGGUGUUUGAGUUCCUCAGUAAUAAGAUGCGCGAUGAAAGUGGAAAACUAGACAGCAAGCGGGGAUUCCUCUGUGGCCUCGGGGCCGGAGUCGCAGAGGCCGUGUUCGUAGUGUGUCCGAUGGAGACAGUUAAGGUCAAAUUCAUCCACGAUCAGACAUCAGCAAACCCAAAGUAUAAGGGCUUUUUCCACGGAGUGAGGGAGAUUAUUAGAUCUGAAGGACUGAAGGGGACUUAUCAAGGCCUGACAGCCACCGUGUUGAAACAAGGCUCCAAUCAGGCCAUCCGCUUCUACGUCAUGACUUCCCUGAGGAACUGGUACAAAGGCGAUGACCCCAACAAAUCCAUUAACCCUCUGAUGACUGGACUGUUUGGAGCUUUUGCUGGAGCUGCCAGUGUGUUUGGAAAUACUCCGCUGGACGUCAUUAAGACCAGAAUGCAGGGUCUGGAAGCUCACAAGUACAAAAGCACGCUGGACUGUGCUGUCAAGAUCAUGAAGCACGAAGGACCAAUGGCGUUCUACAAAGGUACUGUCCCCCGGCUGGGUCGGGUGUGUAUGGACGUGGCCAUCGUCUUCAUUAUCUACGAGGAGGUUGUGAAGGUCCUGAACAUUGUUUGGAAGACAGACUGAGACGGACGUCCUGGUGCUACACAACGAGCAGGCGUGUUAGGACGGGCCACUCACGUUACUAACCGGGCCACGUCCCAACCCAAUCUCCUUAAACCCUGCUUCUAGGUUCUAAUAUCUACCUCUUAGUGAUUUUCAGAGAGAGAGAGAGAGAGGGAUCGGUGUGUUCUUGAUUUUAUUUAUAACACAGCAACAAGCGGAAGCGUUACCUGCAUGAAAAAAGCUCAAGAUUGCAGAGUCGCUGCUCAUAUUUGCUGUUUUUUUCUUAAAUUCCAGAAAGGGGGCAGUUCCUUAAGGGCUCAGGGGCAUUUAUUUAGAUCUGAAUCGACUCGAGAAAUGGGAACAGACAACUAGAGCGCUUUGAGCUCAGUUAUACUGAUGCUGUAUGUACUUAAUCAACAACAAAAAACAACCAGACCCAACACAAUGUGAUUUAGACUCUGUAGGAAAAGAUUCUACUUGAAAUGAGAGAAAAUGCCAGAUCAAACAUUUUAAAGCCCUCUUUUUAUGCAAGUAUUUUGAUUUUUUUCCCUUUAAACUAUUAUUUUAUUCAUCAUCUGAUAAAAUAAUUUAUAUUCAGAUGUCACACGCCGCAGAGGCUACAGGUACAUUCAGAACUAAAUGCCUUAAAUUCAGAUGAAUCAAUAUUGUAAGAUCCACAGAGAGGCAGCUUUUUAAUUAUGUUGCAUACGACUUCUUUUCAAAAAAAUGCACAUUUUCCACAAAACAGUAGUUAAAAAAGUUCACUUAAGUUGCAGAGAUGUUUUAAAUCAUUUAGCUUUUAACUAGAAGGAUGCUCUAAAAAGUGCCUAUGUAUUGUGUGAUUCAUUUUGAGUCUUUUUUGAGAUUAAGAAUGAUUGAUUGUUGUAUGUACUUAGUCACUACAGAUUUUUUUUUUAAUAAUGUAUUUACUUGCACACGUUGCUGUGGUGCCAGAUGUUUAAUUCCAGGCAGUUUCUGAAGUAUUUCCAAGAUGUUCAUAUCUUCAAAAUGUCAUCGUAACUGUUGAAUUUUUGCCUUUAAAUUUGACAUUAUUGCAUAGACUGUUUGAGAAGUGCCAUUAACAGUGCCUUCCAUCUCAUUCCAGAGUGCUUUAGAAUAGCUUUUAUUGCAGAUUUUUAAUUUUUAAACGACAUUAAUUGCCUUUUACUUUUUACACCAACUGAUGACCCAAUGUGCCAACUGCUGCUCAUAAAUAUAUAUAUA